CUCUGAGCGUCAAUGGCAGUUUCUUCAAGAGCUAUUUCGGCUUUCGUGGUCGUCUUAUUCUUUAGCUACUCUUCAGCAGCAGCUAAAGAGAUCUUGGUUGGAGGCAAGACAGAUGCAUGGAAAAUCCCAUCCUCUCAAUCUGAUUCCCUCAAUCAAUGGGCUGGAAGUUCUCGUUUUCGCAUUGGAGACUCUCUAGUGUGGAAAUAUGACGGUGAGAAAGACUCGGUAUUGCAAGUGAGAAAGGAAGAUUAUGUUAACUGCAAUACUUCUAACCCCAUUGAAGAGCACAAAGAUGGGAACACUAAGGUGAAGCUUGACCGAGCUGGGGCCUUCUACUUCAUCAGCGGAGCCAAGGGACACUGCGAGAAGGGUCAGAAGUUGGUUGUGGUGGUUCUUUCUCCAAGACACACGGCUAUUUCUCCGGCACCUUCUCCGGUGGAGUUCGAAAGUCCGGCCGUUGCUCCAACUAGCAGUUCUACAAGGUUGCAGAGCAGUUUGAUGGUUGCACUGGGGAUUUUUGCUUUGGGGUUUGUUUUGAUGUAA